GAGUAAGAAUGUGCUCACAUUAUGCAGAAAAGUUUAUGAACAUCUGAUGAAUAGUGUAUUCAGUUUGAUGGAAUAGUUAUUAUAAAAACUCAUUCACGUAGCAGGCAUGAACUUUAAGGCCCCUCCUCUCCCUCUCUAUUUUCUCUCAUCACACACAGGAUUUGACCCACACAUCCCACAUCCAUCUUACGUAAAUACAGCAAUAAAGAAAGGCUAUUGCAAUGUUCUAUUUAUUUAUUUAGUUUUGUUAUCAUUCUCUCCAAUAACAGAUAUUCACAUAGCUAGGCUUUCCAUAUAAUACUAGUAAUACCUCCAUGUAUACCCUUGUAGCCUCUGAGUAGCUGCCCUUUUUAUUUCCUAGAGAGAGCCAAAAGACAAAGUAUUCUUUUGUUGUGAGAAAACCCAAAAGAAAAAAAAAACAUCUCUUCUUGGGUCUGCAGAACUUCCUCUUCCCUGCAUUUGCAGCCAUUUUCAUUUCAUAGUGGGGUUAAGGGGAGCAACUGUUACCUUUGUUUGCUGGGUCCCUUCCUUUUUUCUUUAAUUUUAAUUUUUUUUUCCUUUGUUCGUUCUGGCUUUGGCAGAAGAUAUUGUUUUGCCUGGUUCUGUGAAACCCGAGAAAACAAUUAUCUUACUCCACAUUUGUGAAGAAAUAAUGACAGGUUCUUUGUAUCUUUCCUUUUUAUCUUUAAAUCUUUCAUUCUCUUCUGCAAUUCCAGGAAUCCCUUCAAGCCCGGAAAGAGAAACAACUUUAAAAGAACUAUAUAAUAAUCUUUAGGUUCUUGUUUUAGAAGGAAACCUACUGGUGCAGUCUAUGUUUAUGCAUCUUGUGCUUUAGCUAGCUAAAGGAGUUGUGGCGCAUUUAGCGAAGCAAACACUUCCAACGCAGAAUUUUUUUUCGAAUGGUUGCUAAUAUAUUUGUCAUCCUUAUAAGAUUCUAAAAAACUUAGUCUUGGAGCCUUGUUCAUUUUCAGAGAUUGAUGAAUUGUCGAAAAACAAAUAGAAGAACAGAUAGAAAAACUUUGAUGCUUAAUAAGUCUUCAUAGCAGAGUUAUCUUUUUCGUUUUGGUUUCAUUGUUGAAGAAAGAAGAUGUCUGCAAAAUUCGUCCACACAUUAUCAGAUGAGAACCCAGAUCUGCAGAAACAGAUUGGAUGUAUGAAUGGAAUUUUUCAACUCUUUGAACGCCAUCAUUUCCUCAGUGGCCGCAGGCAAAUCACCGGACAUAACCAGAAGAGGCUUCCAUCAGGUCAAAACGGCAACUAUAAUAUAGAGCCCAAGAAUGCAUCCCAAAAAACAGACAAAGACCACAAGAAGGCUGUCAAAGAAAAACAAAGAAUCUCCACUGAAUCAUCCAGAACAUCAUUUUCAUCUUCCUCUUGUUCAUCUAGUCUCUCAUCUUUGGAAUGCAAUAAUAGAGCGUCUCAGCUAGAACCAUGUUUGUUUAAUCAAACUACUGUUACUGAAACCCAUGGUCGAGACUCGUCCCUACACCAACUAAAUGCUUCUUUCCGGUCAAGCCAGCAAUCUCCUGAUCUUAGAGACGUUGUCAAAGACUCAAUAUACAGAGAAGCCCGUGGCUUAUCAGUUAAAACUGCAACCAAAGGAGAAUCUGGAGGCCAAACCUUGAAAUACUUUGAUUCUCCAAGACCGGUCCAGCACCCCAACUUCCUCAACCCCAAAGUUUCAGGUCUGAAGGAAUCAUUUCAAGCUCUUCAUAAGCUUCGAGAAUCACCUUGGAAAUCCAGUGAAGGAAGGCGUGCUUCAUCAACUUCUGCACUGAAGGAUGCUCGACGGUUCUCUUGUGAUGGAAGGGAAUCAAGAGACGCAUCCAAGUCCACUGUAAAGCUCAAGGAGCUCCCAAGACUAUCAUUAGAUAGCAGAGCAGGAUCAGUCAGGGGUUCCUCCACCGGAAUGAAAUCAAAUGAUCUUCUAGAAGAUUUGGAAAGAAGGGAUAGGAACUCGAACAAUUUCUUGAGUCAACAAGAAGAACCAGAAAGCCGAACACGAUUAUCUAAUGUUGUCGCCAAAUUGAUGGGAUUAGAAGCCCUUCCAGAUUCCAUGUUGGUCAAUGAGAAUCAGACAAGACACAUCAAAACAAACCCAGAUGUUGAAAACCAUCAUUUCCUCGGAUCACCAAGAACCACCGAGUACAAGCAGAAUCAAAUUUCUGGAUCCCCAAGAAACCUUCAAAAGAAACCAAUCUCACCCCGGAUGGGAAUUGCUGAUUCAAUCAAGAAACCCAUUCCGAAUUCCAAGUUUCCACUAGAACCUGCACCCUGGAGGCAUCCAGAUGGGAGCAGAACCCAAACACCAGUCCCGAAGAGUCGGGUCACUCAACCAAAAGCCCCAAACACAUCUCUCUCCGUUUAUGGUGAAAUAGAGAAAAGAUUGGCACAACUCGAGUUUAAAGAAUCUGGAAAGGACCUUAGAGCUCUUAAACAAAUACUUGAAGCAAUGCAGAAGACCAAAGAGCUAUUAGAGACCAAACAUGAAGCUCCAAACUCAGUAAUCCAGAAAAGCAAUAACAGCAGCCUUCAUAGCAAUUCAAAGUCAUCAAGUUUGUGCAACAGCCGGAGUAACAGCCCCAUCUCUGCUCUUACCAGGGAGACCAGUUCACCAGAUAGUUUCAAAUCCCCCAUCGUGAUUAUGAGACCAGCUAAAUUCAUGCAGAGAGCCCAUGAUCCAGCUUCAUCAGUACAGCCAUCUGAGAGAUUUACUGUUCUGCAUGGGGUCCUCACAGCUGACUCUGCAGAGAGCAGAAAGGAAUCAAUUGAAAAACAAAGUGCAAAAGAUCUUACUCCUAGAACAAGUCAUCUCAGAGAACAAUAUAAUCCACCCUCUCGUCCAAUGGAUAAAAGUACUGCUACCAGAUUUGCAAGAUUUUCACAAGCUUCAAAGGAGCCUCAGUCCACUGCUAGAGGCAGUACCAAUUCAGGUAGGAGCUCAGCAAACUUGAACCUAAGACAGCCACAGAAGUUUGAGCUGGAGAAGCGAACAACUCAAUCAAAUUCAAUGAGGACCAGAAGGCAACCCAGUAGACAGCCAACAGAAUCAGGUUCUCCACGCAGAAAGCCCAGAUCAAGAUCUUCCAAUUUGCAGCCAAAUAAUGAUGAAUUGAGUGAUGCUGGUAGUGAUAUGAGAAAUUUGAUCCAUCAUGGAGAUGCAAUAUCACAGCAAUCUGACAGCACCAUUAGCUUGGCCUCACAGGUUGAUGAAGAAGUCUCAAGCACUGAUAGAUCUUAUAAGAUUACUCACCAGAAACAUAAGAAACCAGUAGCAAGCUCAAUGAAAGAUGGAACAGUUGCAGAACCAGCAGUAGCCUCAGAACAACCAAGUCCAGUUUCUGUUCUGGAUGCAACAUUCUAUGCUGAUGACUUGCCAUCUCCUAUUAAGAAGAAAUCAAUUGCGUUUAAAGAAGAUGAGGUCGAGUGGAAUCAGGUAGACAUAGAUCACUCAUCCAGCAAUACAGACUCCAGUCUCAACUCUACGAUUACUCAUAAGAAAGUGGAGAACAUCCACCUUCUAAUUCACAAGCUCACACGGAAUUUAUCUGCUCAUGAAGGACCUUUUAUCAGUGAAAUCCCAAAUCUCUACAAUAGCAAAAAUCCAGACCAUCAGUACAUUUCAGAAAUCCUAUUAGCAUCAGGUCUGCUGAAAGAUUUUGGAUCUGGAUUUAUAACCAAUCACCUCCGUCAAACAAGCUACCCAAUCAACCCGACUUUAUUUCUUUCCCUGGAACAAUCAAAGGCAAGCACCAUGUUUUCAAAUGACAAGAAGAAUCGAACAAAGAUUUCCAAGUCAGAACUUCAAAACGAACUCCAUAGAAAACUUGUAUUCGAUGCUGUAAAUGAAAUUCUAAUCCACAGAUUACUUCUGGAAAGUUCUCCCAAGCAUGGGCUUUCAUCAAAUAUGCUGGCAGAUAAAAGACCAUGGGGACAGCAGCUUUGGGGAGAAUUGUGCUCAGAGGUAGAUAGACUGCAAAAUAAUGGUGCAAACUGCAGCUUAGAUGAUGAAGACAGUCUGACAAGCGUCUUACGAGCAGAUUUGAUGCAUCGAUCAAAGAAUUGGUCAACUUGUAAUAGUGAAAUUCCAGGGCUAGUUCUAGAUAUCGAGCGAUUGAUCUUUAAGGAUUUGAUUAGUGAGCUUAUCACUGGUGAGGCACUUGGUCUACAAGUGCAAUUGGCUGGGCAUUGCGGGCAACUGUGCUCCACAUAGUACUUUUCAUACUACUGUUUAUACACAAUUAUACAGCAUCUCAGGCUCUCCCCCUCUAUGGUGUUCAAAUUUGGGGGAUUGCUCUAGUUUUCUCCUACAUUUAUUGAGGUAUAAAUCGAAAUAAUGUAUCAGAGUAUAAAUUAGCUAUAGCAUGUAUAUUUUAUUGAAACUUUUAACAAAUAUUUCAAUUUAUCGCCAGUAUGUUUCAAGCA